GAGGCAGGUAGGUGACAGUGGCUAGAGUGUCAGGCCUGGAGUCAGGAAGACUUAUCUUUCUGAGUUAAAAUUUGACAUCCAAUAUUUACUAGCUGUAUGACCCUGGAAAAGUCACUUAACCUUAUGAAGAUGAGUCUUAUUUACUGCAUCACCUAGCUACCCAUUAUUGAAAUCUCGUCCCUUUCUUAAGGACUAGCUGGAAACACAUCUCUUCCAUGAAGCUUUCCCCAAUAACUCCUUCCUCCAAACUUCUGGAGUACUACACUAUGGUGCUUAUCAUAAACUGCCUUGUAUCAUAAUUAUUUUUGCGCAGCUUGCAUCAGUCCAACUUGACAUUAUCAUCUCCUAAGGAACCUAGCAUUGUGCUAGACAUAUAGCAGAUAUGCAAUGAAUACUCAAUAAAUGUUCACUGAAUGAAUAAAUAAUAAAAAUGACAAUAGAACAUCCAGGUGGCCCAGUCAUAGAGACACAGGCUUACACAUCAGUAAGACCUGAAUUCAAAUUUGACUUCACACCCUUACUAGCUGUCAUCUUAGUCAAGUCACUAACCUCUGCCUGCCUUAGUUCCUCAGUUGUCAGCUUGGGAUAGCAAUAGCACCUACCUCCCAAAGUUAUAAGGAUCAAAUGAGAUAAUAUUUGUACAAAAGGGCUUUGAACACCUUAAAGUGCCAAAUAAAUGUUAGCUCUUAUUAUUAAUGUUGAGCCACCCAGCUAGAGGUGAUCCCUCUUCCCUGAAUCUUUCCUGGGCACUAAUCUCAUUCCAAGUUGUAUUCUAACACUCAUUUACAUCUCCUUUAUCUCAAUCUUAUAAGUGCUUUAAGAGUAGUUUUCUUUUUCAUUUCUUUGUACCCCUCAGUGCCUAGCAUAGCAACCUGAACAUAGUAAAUGAAUACAUGUUUGUUGAAUUGAACUAAAUUUGUUGAAUGACAAAACUUAAAUUUCUAUUGUCCAAGGGUAAACCCAUAUACAAGAUCUUUAGUGAAAAAACAAAGGGACCCCAGAUUUAGAGUUUAAAAGGGAUCCUAAAGGUCAUAAGGUCAUAGGUUGAUAGGUUUAGAGGUCAGAGGGGUCAUCAAGCCCAUGCCCUCUUUUUACAGAUAAAGGAACCAUAACUCAGACAGGUCAAGUGAAUUGCCUGCCAUUACACAGCUAAUGACUGACUGAGGCAGUAUUCAAAUCUAGGGCUUCCUGGCUUCCAAUCCAUUGUUCUUUUCAAUUGCAUAACACUAAUAUCCCUAAAUAAAAUUUGGAACAGCUUUGGCAAAAGCAGACUGGUUUUCCUAAACAUUGUUAUCCUCCUCCUCAUCAUCAUCAUUUUUACAAUCAUCAUCAUUAUUUUGCAGAGGCGUCUUUGAUUGAUCACAUGGAAACUGUCAUAGUGGAGGAAGGCCAGAUGCUCACUCUCAAAUGUGUCAUUUCUCAAGCCAAGGAGGCAUCCCUUCAAUGGUUGUCUCCCUCUGGGUUUACCAUUUUUUUUGACAAGCAUCCCGCUUUAAAAAAUCAAAAAUACCAACUGCUACAUCACUCGGAUGAUCAGCUCACCAUCGGCAUAUCAAAUGUAACUCUUCAGGAUGAAGGCGUCUACAAAUGCUUAUAUUACAGCAAACCAGUGAGAACCAAGGAAGUGAAUGUAAUUGUGUUAGCCACUCCCUCCAAGCCAACACUGGAAGCAUUGACCAUCAGAACUACCAACGGGAAAGAAGUGUUACUAAGAUGUUUCACAAAAGGAAGCAAGCCCCCGCCACAGAUAACCUGGCUUUUGAGCAAUGGCAUGGAACUUUAUGGUGAAACUCAGCAUACGUUUGAAGAUGAAGGAAAGAAGUGUAAUACGACAAGCACACUGAGAGUUCGUGCAUAUGGGGAAAAUGCAACUGCUCACUGCCUGGUCCGCCAUGAAGGCCUACGAGAAGAAAAACUGGUAGUGCCAUUCCGCUUUGAAGAUUUGGGUAAGAACAGUUCAUUAACAUUAUGUCUGUGUAUAGGUUCUCCAAUGGUCACUUCCUUCUCAGACCAAGAGGAGAGUUAUUUGAGUAGCUCCCAGCUACGGAACCCGGAGACCCACAAAACCUCAUCGAACAGUUCGAUCUUCCAAUUUUUAGAUGUUGUUGGUUUUUUUCCUUUAAUAGUAACAGCUCCAGAUUCAGAUAAUGUGGAGAACAGCACCUUGUCCUUUCAGCCCUCUCAGAAUUCCACUGAACUUGUAAUGGAAGAGUUCAGUACUGUGGAUAUUGACACACUAGGGCAUGAACAAACUCAGAAAUUUGACAUCGCUGAAGGAAAUCGUAGCGCUUUAGAAGUCACAAAGAGGAAACAUGGAAUUUUAUUGCUCACUCUUGUGUCCUCCCUUAUUCUGGUGCUUUUCAUUGUAGUACAACUCUUUAUAAUGAAGCUACGGAAAGCACAUGUGAUAUGGAAGAAAGAAAAUGACAUUUCAGAAUUGACCCUGGAAAGUUAUAGAUCUAGGUCAAAUAAUGAUGAUACAUCAUCACAGGAGAAGAACAGCCAAACUUUCCAUCACAAGUGUGGUAUGAAAUAUAUUAUAACAUCAUAUAUGGAAAGAAAAUCCAAGAACCUAAAAGAAAAUAUACAGGAUUCUACAUCGAAGCAAGAACAAAAUAAUUUACCAGAAACUAUUAUAUAAUGCUUGAUAUCAUGUUAUUUAAUAGCACAUCAGGACAACUCAGGGUAUCAUAACUGGCUUUAAAAAGAAAAUAACUUAUCCAAAGAACCAAAGAGUUCAUUUUGACCUCAAUGGAACAAAUUGUACAGGACAUUAAUACUGCUGUGCUCAAACAAUACAGUGUAAGCAGUAUCCCAUUAAGAUGAACUGACUGGGAAUCAAAGCAACAAAUUAUGGAUAUAAAUGGUUUUUUGUUUACCUACUUCUAAGACAAACACUAUGACAGAGCAAGAAGAUUCUGCUAGAACAUGUGGAUCAAGGUCAAGGUGACCAACUGACUUAUGAUGAAGAGCAAAAAUUUCAGAUGAUAGGUUUGGACAACUUUAAAAGUACAUGUCUUCACAUAUGGAGAAUGGAAUUAUGAGCCACAUGAUCUGGGCCAAAUGAAUGGGAAAGUAAGACUGGGGAGUGUAAGUAAUGAGGACAAAUUCCAAAAUGGUCUCCGGAUAAAGAAAACAUAGGGUAAAAUGAGGCUAUAAGAAGAUCUCUGGUCUCCAAGCAGGUCAUACUUAAAGAUAGUCUCUGAAAAGUGAUCAAAUUUCAUGGAAAGACAUGUAUAUUAAGACCUGGGACUGCUGGACAAUGUUUACUCUCUAGCACCCUCUUCUCUCCUGGAUUUGAACAGGUAAAAGUGAGCCCUUGCUAAAAAAAACAUGCUGCUCUAGUAUGCACA